AUGGCUCAUCCCUUCUGUCCAUCCCAGUGCACCUGUGUCUUCCAUGGACGUACCGAUGGAACAGGAACCAGAUCUGUACUCUGCAAUGAUCCAGACAUGUCGGACAUCCCUGUUAACGUCCCUGUGGAUACGGUCAAGCUUCGCAUUGAGAAAACCAUGGUACGGCGAAUCCCAACGGAAGCUUUUUACUAUCUGGUGGAGCUACGGUAUCUGUGGAUUACUUACAAUUCCAUAAGCUCAGUGGAUACAGCAGGUUUCUACAACCUCAAAGUGCUCCACGAGCUGAGGCUGGAUGGAAAUAUGAUCUCCGUGUUCCCUUGGGAGUCUCUGAGAGAGAUGCCAAGUCUGAAGACCCUGGAUCUUCACAACAACAGAAUCACUAAUGUUCCCUCUGAGGCCAUACCCUACUUCCUCAACAUUACCUACCUGGAUCUAUCCAGCAACAAGUUGGCAACCCUGCCUUCUGAUCUCAUGGAUCUCUGGCCCCCCUUCAAUGGAGCACCCAUCUUCACUAAUGCCUCCCAGAAAGUUGUGUUAGGCCUCCAAGAUAACCCCUGGUUCUGUGACUGUAAAAUCUCCAAGCUUAUCGAGCUUUCCAAAAUGACUGGCACACCAGUCGUUUUGAUGGACCUGUUCAUGACCUGCAGUGGACCAGAGAAUCUGGCCGGUGUCCUUUUUCAGCGUGCUGAACUUGACAACUGUGUAAAACCGUCAGUCAUGACUUCAGCAACGAAGAUCACAUCUCCUUUGGGCAGUAAUGUUCUCCUGCGAUGUGAUGCCACAGGGUUUCCAACACCAACUCUGUCCUGGGCUAAGUCAGAUGGCUCAGUAGUCAACAAUACAGUCCAGGAGUCACCUGGAGAGGGCAUCAGAUGGUCCAUCAUGAGCUUGCAUGGAAUAUUGUUGAAAGACGCCGGGAACUACAGUUGCAAAGCGAAGAAUGUUGCUGGCAACGCAGAUGCCACCAUUUCUGUCACGGUUGCUGGUGCCUUCAGUACCACCAUCCCUCCACUGAGGCCCAGCAUCGAUACUGAACCAACCAGCCAAGAUACAACAUUUAUUCCCCCGACGGACACUCCCAACUCACCCUCCAUCACGUCCACGGUUCUUCCAAGAACAUCGACAACUGCUGUCCCUAAGAAGCCGAAAACUACCACCAGCAGCAGUUUACAAAAAGGCUCUUUCAAGCUAACGAAAACCCAGCAAGGAGGUAAUGGGAGGAAGCUUGCAGCAGAUGAAAAGAGCAAGAAAAGUGAUGGAUCAAAGUCCGUCAAAGACCUUAAGAUUGUAGAGGAAACAUCUGACACUGCAGUGUUGCUCUGGACAGCAGAUGGAUUACCAAAUGAUGCCCCACUAACAGUUGUAUAUUCACCCUAUGAUGAGGAUGACAUCAAAAGGACAGUGGAGACUAAUGCUGGCAGUGGGAAAGUCCUUUUAGAGGGACUGUCAUCUGGAAUGAGGUACUCAGUUUGCCUCAUAGCAAAAGGUAGUGCUGCUGGAAAAGAUCCUUGCAUUGACUUCUACACAUUGGACAAUGUAGAGGAUGGUGGGCAGAACCAACUUUUCAUGAUCGUAAGUGGCAUUGCCUGUGCUUUGGUUUUGUCCCUUAUUGCACUGUUGCUCUACAAGAUUCUUGCUUUGUUCUGCAAGGGACGCAGCACAGCUUUAGAUGAAGAGGAGCUUGAAAAAGACAGUUAUGUCAAGUUUGAAACUAUUUCAAUGAAACAAAGGACCUUGAACUCUCAUCCAACUGAGCUUUGGGCAAGGAGACCGACUCAUGAAUCAGAGCGAAUGCUACUAUGCUCCAGGUCUAGCAUCGACUCCCAGAUGACCUAUAAGAGUGACAGUUCCCGGUCUGAAUAUCUGUGCUGA